UUGUGUGUUGAAUUUUUGUUUUUUUCUUCGUUGUUGACGAUCGUGACAAAAAAAAUACAUAUAAAAAUAAAUCACGUUAGUCGGUGUCUGUGUGUAUAUUGUAAGCACACAUAUAUGUAGAGUCUAUAUGCUUCUAUACCACGAUGAAUUGCUUAAAUACUCUCACUCUCAAAACGUCCCUCCCCUCUCUACACACGCAUAAUUCUCCAGAUAACUAUAGAGGAGCGUUUUAAUCAAAAAUGAAUUUCACAACUGCUAGUCGCAGCACCACGAUCAUAGUGAUCGGUUGUUCCGUUCUUGUGUUGAAAAAUGUGCUCUUUUCGCCGGAAUAAUUUUUUUAAUAGAUUAACGAAAUAGUUUUGGAACCGCAAUAACACAAUCCACAUACACAAUAGAUUUUGAGUGUAUUCAUAUCUAGAUGUUAUGUAUGGUGUCAUACUGUGAUUAUUACGUUUCUUCAUUCUCCACUCAUUCGAUUCAACAAGACCGUAGAUCUAUACGAAGUGCAGGCAUAGACAUUGGACACAGUUCAAACUGAUAGAUAAAAAGAGACAGAUGUAGCAACGGAGUGUGGAUAAAAGACAUAGUUUCGAUAAUAAUUUUUCUGGAAAUAAUGAAACGUUUUCGGUUUUUGAUACAUUAAGAGAACGUUGCCAAAGUAUGAUAAGCAUUACAUAUCGAAUGAUGAUUUAAUUGAAAUGUGUGUUUGAAAAGACUUGUAAAAUAUGUUGUGAUUUAACUUGAAAUUACUACCGUUUGUUAUGCUGCUAAUAAAAUAGUGCUUUAUCAACCUAAAUUAUAACGAUAAAACAGUAGUUUAGAAUUAAAAAAAGGGUGUGAACAGCCAAAUAAUCCUCGUAAAAUAAUCGGCACAGCUUUGUUGUUGCAAAGAAGUGUUUCUCCAAUACUUGAUAUGAAUGGUGAAAUAUAACCGCAGUGAAAAAUAAAUGUUUUUUUCUGAAAAUCGAGAUAUAAAAAAUGAACAAUUGUGAAUGAGCAACCGUUCGAUUGAAGAAAUUUAAAGAGCAUUUUUAACUAAUGACAAAAUAUCGCACAGAAAGAGGAGAUAGAGAGAGAGAGAGAGUGCAAUCAACACAGCUUAGUUAUGUUCAGUGCGCACGUUGAACGGAAAUGAGUAAUAUGAUUUGAAUUUGAAACUUGUUUUCACGUUUGAGUCAUCGUCAUCGUCAUCGUCAUCACGAGAACAGAAUUGUACUGCGUUCGCUUACCACAUACGUCGUGUGCAGAUAAUCAAUUUGGAGAAUAUUGAAAGAAACUGUUUUGUGAGUGAAAAAAGAGAGCGAACAUUUCCAGACAUUAAAAAUACACAUUGUUUUUGCUCUUGGUCAUCGAAAAGUUCGACAGAAAAAUGUCUUCAUCCGAUAGCGAUUCCAACGGUCGUUUGGAUAAUGAGGAUCAAGAUUUAUUAUUCUACUAUGUUGAGAAAAAGAGAAUUAAAGAUAUGAAAAAGGUGUUGUCCAGAAAAACCUCGGAAUUUAAUGUUAAUUUUCAAGAUAAAGACGGUAAUACUGCUUUACAUAUUGCUGUUGAAUGUGGCCAUAAAAAAGCCGUUGAUAUAUUGCUCAAGUAUGGAGCGGAUGCAACUAUACCAAAUAAAAAACUAAGGACUCCUUUGGAUUUGGUUAUUGACAAACUGAAAGAGGAACCGAAUGACCAUAAUUUGAAACAAAUCAAGGAAUCAUUGGAGAGCAUUCGACCGGGCCCAUCUCUUGGCAAAAAUGAUCAACAAAUUCGAAGGAAUCCAUUGAAAACUGUAGAAAAUCUGAAUUCAAGAUCCAACGCAAGCCUUUUGAAUGAGCCACAAAUCACUGACGAUACCUUUCAUUCAACCGAAAAUAAUAUGCAUGGAUUUAUAUUCCAGGUCAGACUAAUCAUGCUUUAUGCACUGCGCGCGCCAGAAAUGGGCUUAGUAUUUCAGCUCGCAAGCGAAAUGGAUGCGGCAGAAAAGUUUGAUGAUGUCGUGUUUAACCGAAACAAAAACUGUUGGAGUUUUGUUCAAGCAAAACACAAACUCGACGAUAAUGCUACCAUCAAAAGCGUUGAAUUAGAAGGAAUUAAAGGGCCACUCAGUAUUGCGAAAUAUUUUUUAUCUUUUGUUCUAAUCAAUCGGAAUUUUACAAUACUAAACAAUUACAAAAAGGAGAACUUAAAAGACUUUGUUAUGGUUACGAAUGCAAACUUUGAUUUUAACGCAACUUCUGACGUAAAAAACGAGCAAACGCUGAAAUGGGAUAAACUUCUUGUGAAGGACAGUUUGAAUCACGAUGACAUUUUGUAUCUGGAAGCUUUUGACGUGAAAAGUUUCCAAUUGCGUGCUAACGAUGAUGAACUCAAGUCAUUCAAGUCAUUCAUUAAAGGGAGUUUAUUGGUCAUCGCUUUGACAUCGAAACAAAUUCCGAAAUUUCCCGCAGCUCGAUGUGAGCUAAAACAGCGUGCUGAAAAAAUAAAAGAAAAAGCUGGAGCAAUUAGCAAAUCGCUUGAGAAGAAAUUGAACGAGGUAUUGAUGGUAAAAAAGAAGAAAUCCGACGAAGAUCAAACCGAUUCGGCAUCUUUAAAAAUGGAUAAACAAAAACUGAAAGAUAUAGUGACAAAAUGUAAUGAACAUAGGGAAACAAUUCGAAAUGGCACGGAUAUAAAAAAUGUAGAAGCAAUAAUAAAAGAAGAUCUCGAAGAGUUCAUUGACCUAACAAAAAUGUUUAGUGUUGAAGCUUUAGACAAGGAACUCAGCGAGGCCAUUUCUGAACUAUCAAUCAUCGAAGUGGCUCUGGAUGAUGCUACGUUUGACACCAAAAGUGGGUACCUUGCCGAAUUUAUGCAGAAGUUUCGAUUUGUCACCAACUUUCCGAACGAAGAGAAGUUAAGGGAAUUAAAUGGGGAUUUACUCAAAGGUGACCAUUACAAAUUAUUGAAUGUUGAUUUAGCACAUUCUGCGUUUGUGGAAAGAAUUCUGGAGCUUAUGAAUUCUAAGAAGGGAAAGAAUGUUUAUUACAAACCUCAUUUUGAAGAUGAACUAUUGAGUGCAUUCAAUGGUUUACUCGCCUCUGGCUUGAGUAUGGCCUACUGUGAGGAUUUGGAUGAACAUAAAAUUCAUUUCAAUGAAAAAUCGUCAAGUUUUUCAGAACUUUCAACAAAUUUAAACGAAUUUUUAAAUGAAGAACAACAAGAACGGCAAGUUAUUUACCUUCGCACUCGGUCCACACUAUUGAGCGCCAUUAAGGUGCGUCAAAUACUGAAGAGGCAUGGGAUUUAUAAGAAUAAAGACGGUUUCAUUUUAAUUCCAUUCAAAAAACUAUCACAAGAUGGAAUAAAGCAGUCUGUUUUUGACGCAUUUAGAAAUCCUAAAAGUCAUGACCUUUUGGUAAUCUAUUUUGAGGACGAAAAACCGCUGAUUUCAAUUAAUGAACAAGUCAAAAAUAUACUCGAUGGGCCUCUGAACAAAGAACGAACAAAGAAGAAAAUGAUCAUUUUGUUUGGAAAGGAUUCAAACAAUUCUGGUUUGGAAUUUCAAGAAAAAAACGACACCACUUCAUUCAACGAUUUAGAUGAAGAGUCCCAAAAUGUGGUACUCGGAACGAAAGUCAAUUUCGAAGGAACAACCAUGAGCUUAAACCGACUCAUCGAAAGAAAUUAUGAUGCGGAUUUCUUUGACGAGGAAAUGGUCACGAGACUUUUGAAUGGGGAUAAAUUGAAGAUAGGCAACGAAAAUGCCUUCUCUUCCAAUGGCUACGUGGAAGAUUAUUACAUCGAGAGAACAUUUCAUCGUCAGAUAAUCAAAAAUGACAUUCUCAAAAAUGAAGAUCAAUUAUUUUUCAUUACUUCGAAAGAAGGUUUGGCCAUUCGGGAAGAAGACUUAUUCAAAAUUGGAGCUCCAAAAGAGAGUAUCGUCCAAUGGACUGACGAAUAUGUACAAAAUACGAAAUGGGACAAAGGGAUUAUUCUUCCUCCGCCAGGUGAAAGUGAUGAAGAGCUGUAUGAAAUAUUUCGGAGAUCUGCGAAAAAUUUUCACUGGUUGGAAUUGCAUCGAGGCAUGAGCCUAUUCUGGAAAUUAUCUACCGGCGAUAUUUCACUCAUCACCGAGAGUAUUGAUAAGGAUGUGGCUCCAUCGGACUCUGAAUCAGAUUCAGACUCUGAAUCAGAUUUGGACUCGGAAUCUGAAUCAGAUUCGGACUCGGAAUUUGAAUUAGAAGAUCGUUUCCACGACGUGUUCGAGAAGAAUGAACAUGAAGAUCCAUCUGAAUCCAAAGAGGUGUUUCCAGAUGAACAUCAUUUCUGUAACGUGAAACAAUUCGGAAGCAAAGUCGUUAUACUAGCAAAUGAAGCCGGAAUGGGUAAAUCUACGGUCUUGACCAGUAUGGCUAAAAAGAUGAGAAAAUUAAACGAUGACGAGACGAAUGAAAAUGAAGUCAAAUUGAUUGUGCGAAUCAAUGUGAAUGAUUAUGCCAAGGAUUUGUGUAACUACGAAUUUAAGGAAAAUGAUGUUGAAAGAGCUAUAGAUUUUGUUGCGAAAAUGGCAAUCCCCGGAGAUGCAACGAAGAAUAUCGAUAUCAAAAUACAACGAACGCUUUUCGCAUCAAGUCUUGAAAGAAAGAAAUUUGGAUUGAAUUUAAAGAAACUCAAAAUUGUUCUAAUGUUCGAUGGGUUCGAUGAAAUCUGUCCGGACUACGAAUCCAACACCACAAAGCUGAUCAAGGCUCUGAAGGAUAGCGAAGUUGCACAAAUUUGGGUCACGACUCGAGCUCAUGAGCAAGAUCAUUUGCAGAAAGAGCUCGGAUCGCUUGCUUACACGUUGAAUCCAUUAACCAAAAAAGAUCAGAAGAAAUUUUUGGACAAAUAUUGGAAAUGGAAGUUGACAGUGGCAGAAGAAAAGCCAUCGAACUAUCAAGAAAUUUUGCAUUAUCUGAACAUCAGGUCGAAACCUGAUCAGAUCUUAAAAGACAUAAAUGAAUUUGAUUUCUCCACACAAUCCGACAAUAUCCUCCAUAAAUGGAAUCGUGCUAUUUUUGAUAAAAAUAGAAAAUUUACAACGGUUCCGCUACUCUUACAAAUGUUGGCCGUUGUUGCAUUGGAAACGAAAUUCCGUUUGCCCGAAAAAACUGAUAUCUUCAAUUUAUACCAUCAGUUUAUCGAAAUCAAACUUGAUAUUCAUUCCAAAGAAAAAGUUAAAAAGGAUUUAAAAGUUGUACAAGCAAACUGCGAGAGUGUAAUGGCCAGAGGUUGUUUUCAUGACAUUUGUAUGGAAUUAUCCGUUAAACUCUUCUUUCCAAAUGAUAAAUCACAGCUGAGCUUGGGAAACUUGGAACAACUGGCAAACGAAACACCAGAUUCAAUCAGCAGGAGAAAUUAUAUAACCGGAACUGGACUAUUAAUUUUAAAAGGAAAAGAUUUGGAUUUCAUUCACCGAAGCUUCUUUGAAUAUUAUUUCAGUCGGUAUUUGAUCAAUAAUAGGAGCAACGAAGAAGUACAGAAGCUGUUGUGCAGUAAAAUCUUUAGAGACUAUAGCUAUGGGCUCAUUUGCCAGUUUUUCAAUGAUCAAAUUGAAAAACUCCCCGAAAGCAAAAAACAAAUCAAAUUGACGGAUGCUGCAAUGGAGUCAAUUUUAAAGUUCACAAACAAGGGUAGCCGCCCAUUUUUUGUGCACAUUGUCAAAAAUGGUUAUCAGGGCAUUUAUAAGCUGUUCUUCGAAAGUAUUUGCCAGGACAGUGAGGACAAGAACAUUUUAAAGAAAUUGUUACUACAAACCGAUGGCUAUGGUCGAAAUGUAUUACAUUGUGCAUUUAUCAAAGGAGACACGUCGAUCAUCAAUAUAAUAUUAGAUAGUAUUCGACAGUAUCCUGACAUCCGACAGAAGUUGUUAUUACGAAGUGAUAGACGUGGAGAGAACCCUUUGUAUAAACUAUCGACAUAUAAAACGAGUGCUGAAUCUCAUGAUAUCAUUAAAGCAUUAACAACAGGUAUCGAAGAUGACGAAUUUUUCGAAGAUCUGGCGACAUUUACUGCAUUUUCGCGUGAUGUUGAUGUUGUUCGUGACAAUAUAAAGAAUAUGUUGGAAUUAAUUGGCGAAUCAGUGCCGGAAUUGCAUGAAAAAUUGAAUGAAAUUCAGAUGAUUUUUGAUGAAAUCAAACAAAAAAGAGCGGAACUGGUCAAUGCAAUUCGUAACCAUCAUGAAAACCAAAAUAGCAGUACAUUGGACAUGUUAGAUGCACUUCGAACCGGGAACUUCGAAAUAAAACCGAUUUUGUUGUCAAUUGAUGACCACGGCAGUAUUUUACACGAAGCUAUCGAACAUGGAAAAACUGAUAUUGUUAAAAAAAUAUUGGAAAAUCUCAACAAUUACUCAGAACACUUUGCUUUGGAAUUUUUGUUAAAACGGUCACAUAAAUGGAAUGGUGCAACAGCUCUUAAUUUGGCUAGUUCUAUGGGUAAUAAGGAUAUCGUUCAUCUUCUCAUCGAGAAAGGUGCCAAUGUUAAUGAAAAAGACAACAAUGGAAGAACACCUCUUCACAAGGCUGCUGCGAGCGGUCGAAAGGAGAUCGUUCAUCUUCUCAUCGAGAAAGGUGCCAAUGUUAAUGAAAAAGAGAACGAUGGAACGACACCUCUUCACAGGGCUGCUGAGUACGGUUAUGAGGAGAUCGUUCAACUUUUCACCGCGAAAGGUGCCGAUGUUGAUUCAAAAGACAACAAUGGAAGAACCGAAGAAUACCUUAUUAUCUGACUAUUUAUUUAAGUAAAUUGAGUCAUUAAGUUUAGUUUUGCAAGAGGUUAUGAAUGAACGUAAAAGUUGAAGAAUUAUAACAGUGCCGAAUUCAAUUUUAUAUGAAAUUUUUUAGAGAAAAUUAUUUAUUUGGUUCAUAUAAUAAUAGAUUUAAUUGUCGAAGGAGCAUUCCUGAAGUUUCAGAUGAAAAUUUUCGUGAACAAUUAUUUUUUCAACUUUUUAUAAUGAAAGUGACAAGAAUGUCACCAAACACAGUCAAAAGGUUAAGAAACAAUGCAAAAAUCAAGGGAAUAAUUUUUAAUUGGAAAAAAUGCUUUGCAAGCAAAUAAUCAUUGAAUUUCAAAUGACAGUUUCGAAACAUUCAAGAGCAAUGCGUGUAUUAGGAUAGUUAGUUACCUUAUGCUCACUGAAAACCGAAUCAGCACGAUUGACGUACACUUAUGGUGAUCUGUCAAAUUACCAAAAGACAUUGAACAAAUCGCAAAAUCCGUUCUAAGUGAGUACCUUGUAGACUCAAGCCCAAAUCAUACAAAGGCCAAUUCUAAAAUAUGACGGAUGUUCUUGAAUUCACCGCAGCUGAUUUUUUCAAAAACGCACACACAAAAAAACGAAAAAUUUCUCAACCAAAGAUUUCGAAAAAAAAACAUAAAAAUUUUGUUUACUGUCUGCUUUCGCUGAUAUUACAUUUUAUUAUAGAUUUUUUUCUUUACACAAAAAAUGAAUUUCUCCUUUUUGAAUGAAUAUAUUUAUCAAUAAUGGAUUUCAGAAUGUCA